CUUCAAAUGCUUCAAUUUCAAAGUUCACUGCAGAAUGACAGCAGAUCGUUCACGUGAAUUCGCCUGAAGCGCGGCUGUUUGUGCCUUCCGGGUGGUGCAGUGUGCUUCAGAUCCAAUUCUUUGUCUGGUUUGGGAGCAAUUGGCGUGCAGAUCUCACUCUCGGAGGCAGUGGGGGGGCAGAUCAAAGUUGGCCCCUUCAGCUGCUUGCACCAACACCGCUGAUUCAUUCAGGGAGGGUGACAAUGACCAGCAUCACCCAGUUGACGUGCCUCUGUCAGCCCACUGCUCAUGCGAUCAACACAUCUGGCGAGCUUCAGAACGUCAGACGCAACACAGAAGCUUGUCGGGCGCCUGCAAAACCUGAUUGGCAAUUACCAGUCAGCAAAGGUUUUACUCGAAGCCAUCGUGUGCUUAGAUCAAAGCGCUGUCAGGGAAGCUUGGCAUCUGCAUUUGUUGGCCAAGGUCUGCGGCGCAAUAGUGGUGAGGCUGGAGAGGGUUUGACAAUGGCAGUCAGCAUAGGACAGCCGCUGGAGAGCACGAUUGAAACCAAUGGCACCGCUUACAGCUUUGAUGAGGACCCCCCAGACAUGCCAGGCCUGAAGAAGAGCAACGAACGGUUCAGAUUGCCGCACAUUACAGAUCUGUUCCCUGACAUUGUACCCAAGUACUCGACCUUCUCAACAAAAUCAAGCUGCCUCAUCCGAGGCAAUGUCCAAGGUCCCCUGCGCGCUAAGGAACUCGGCAAGAUGUUUGUUGAUGACAGGGACCGCGUGCUCCUUAAGGUUAUCCGUUAUGCGCACGCUAGCUCAUCAGGUGCAGAGUGCUUGAACGAUGAUUGCACUUUUGAGCACUGGUGGCUAAGUAGAGCAGGGCCGCGGUCCCACAUCUACUUUGAGCCUACAGAGGUGAAUGCUGCUAUCGUCACCUGUGGAGGUCUGUGCCCCGGCUUGAACGACGUCAUCCGGCAGAUUGCGCUGACUCUGACAACCUACGGUGUCACCGACGUGAAGGGCAUCGCUUAUGGUUACAAGGGCUUCAUCGACGAGAAAAUCAGAGACAUUGACUUGACCCCUCAAUCGGUGGCGACAAUCCACCUGAUGGGCGGCAGCAUUCUGGGGUCGUCCCGUGGAAACAGCAAGACGUCUGAGAUUGUGGAUAACAUCGAGAAGCGCGGCACAAACAUGCUGUUCGUUAUUGGUGGCAACGGGUCGCACGCCGGGGCAAUGGCGAUCCACCAGGAGUGCUUCAAGCGCAAGCUCAAGGUCGCGGUUGUCGGAGUGCCCAAGACGAUCGACAACGACAUUCUGCUGAUGGACAAAACCUUCGGGUUCGACACAGCGGUCGAGGAGGCACAGAGGGCCAUCAAAGCCGCGUACAUCGAAGCCGCGUCGGCUUACCACGGCGUCGGAGUUGUGAAGCUCAUGGGCAGGCAGUCAGGUUUCAUUGCAAUGUACGCCAGCCUGGCCAGCGGUCAAGUCGACUGCUGCUUGAUCCCUGAGGUGCAUUUCAGCCUGGACGGCCCCAACGGCGUUUAUGAGCACAUGAAGACGGUGAUCAACCGCAAGGGCCACUGCCUGGUGGUGAUUGCGGAGGGGGCCGGGCAGGACCUGGUGGCGGGGGAGGGGGGCACCGACGCGUCGGGCAACCCAAUCCUCGCAGAUAUUGGGCAGUGGUUCGUCAAGCAGGCGAAGAAGCACUUCAAGGAGGUCGGCUUCCCGGCUGAGUUCAAGUACAUCGACCCCACAUACAUGAUCCGCGCCACGCCCGCCAACGCCUCGGACGGCAUCCUCUGCAGCGUGCUGGGCCAGAAUGCGGUCCACGCCGCGUUUGGGGGCUACACCGGUGUCACCGUUGGGCUCGUAAACACCCACUAUUGCCUCCUGCCGAUCCCUGAGGUCAUUCGCGAGGCGCGCAACGUUGAUCCCGACAGCCGCAUGUGGCACCGUUGCCUGACGUCAACCGGGCAGCCUGACUUCUCACCCCCCCAUGUUGAAUCGAAUUGAAAGGGGGGUGUCGCGAGUUGGACACUUGCUUCUGGAAUUCUACGGGGAGGUAUUUCAUUUAAGCGUGGAACGUGCUAGAAAGAGACAUAUCUGCGGCAAGAACGGACGCGGCGAAAGGGAGUGUUUGAAGGUCGUAUACGUACAUGCAAUUUGGAUGGGCAGGGUAUAGCAAUGGCGAAGGGACGGGUGGAGGCAAGUUGGAGAAAGGGGGUGAGCAAUUGGAAAGGGCCAGCAGUGUUAUUACGUUAUAAGCAUCGCGAAUUUGAUCAUUGCAAUUGGGGGUUGGAAUAAGUGAAAAUGCGUCUGCAAAGCAGGUUGUCACCCUGAUAGACCAGCCUGCUGCUUAUGGGUUUCUUGUGCAGGACUGACUAGUAUCGGUGUACAUAGGUCAGUAGGCUCUCAACAAGGUUCGACAGGAAUAAGCGACCUGGGAGCAUAAUAUUAUCGGAAAAUGAUGCAUGGAAGGCCUUGAAUGCUGGUAACAGCAAGGACUGGCGGGUAUUGGCGACGAAUGUCUUGGCUAAGCUAAGCAUUAGAAGGAAGUCAAUAAUCAUCAAGGUCUGACUAAUAUUUGGCACAACUGACGUCAGUGACUAUAGAAAGGACAGGAUAAAUAAACUUGAAAAGAAUCCCUACCUAUAUAAUCAAUUGCAGCCCCGUUUUCCAAUACAUGUAAUCGCGCUUCCCGGCGAUAAGAGUAUAAUAUCUAAACGCCCUGCAGCA